CAAAAUCAACUACGAUAUAGAGACAUCACAACAACCAUGGCCGCCCCUAUUGACAAAUCAGAACCGUACUUCCCUGUCGCCGGCUGCGCCCGUGAUGGCUGGUCCAAAGAAGACUCUGCAACAGCAACCUGUUAUUGCGGCGCCGUGCAGCUUGCAUUUCCCACCAAAGCUCCGGGUCUAUAUAGCGGGGCGUUCACCUGCCAUUGUACCGACUGCCGCAAGAUCACGGCGUUGAUGUUCACCUCAACUUUUACCAUCCUUGACACCCAUCUCACCCAUAUUCGUGGCAGGGAGAACUUGACAGCUUUCGCUCAAUCGCAGACAACCAACUCAAGCAGGACUAUGACCAAUUAUUUCUGUAAGACUUGUGGUACACUCAUGUAUCGUGUUGGAACGAAGGGAGCGAGCAUCCUACGUCUUGGCACUGUCGAUGACUUCCAUCUGCACGAGGCGAAGCUUAAGCCGAACCGUGAGAUAUGGACUAAAGACCGUGUAGGUUGGGUGAGUCCUAUUGAGGGGCUCAGCAGUUUGAGAAGUCGCGUAGUGGGGCGUCUGUAGCUGAGCAAACCAACAAGGAGACCUAGAGGUAGGAAAAAUUGUAACCUAUGAAGUCGAGUCAAGGACAAGAAAUUUUAUGAC